GGAUAUUUGUUGACAGUCGCGACGAAGAGAAACAUUUACAAUUUUAUGCUACUUUUAUGCAUUAUGCGAUCUUGGAAUAAUGGUAGAAUGAAGUCUAUAUACAAAGAAAUUUGAUAUUCAUGAUGGCGUUUAAUGCUGGCAGCAAGAUAAUGAUUAAUGACCAGCUGAUCCUUGAAGAGGAUUACGAUGAAAACUAUCAACCUUCAGAGGCGGAGAUCCUUGAAUAUGCCAACGUCCUGGGCAUUGACCCAAUGGCCGAGCCACACCUGAUGUGGAUUGCUCGAGAAGGAUUCAAUGCUCCUCUCCCAGAAAACUGGAAACCAUGUCAAGACCCGAGUGAGGAUAUCUACUAUUUCAACUUCGCCACAGGAGAAAGCACCUGGGACCAUCCGUGUGAUGAGUUCUACAAAAACAUGGUCAGCGAGGAACGGCGGAAACUGGCUCUGGGUCAAAACAAAUCAGCUACACCCAAAAAGGAAGCCCGAAAGAAAAAGGAGAAAGCUGAAAAAUCUUCAAAUUUAAAGCAUCUGGGCCCACUGAAGGCCGAACAGAGCAAGGGCAUCCCGUCAGUCCACCGCGCAGGGAAGCUGGGGCCACUCAAGUCUUCUGAUGGUCUGGCCGGGUCGUCCAGUCUAGGGCCAGUCCGCGGGUCAGUGGGGUCUAGCCAGCCGAUCCGCUCCAGUAUGAACACAACAACUGGAUCGAUGCAGUCCAACAAGAGUAUAAACAUCACCAGUAGCAUGAGUCUGCCUAUAUACUCGACAGACCUUGAACAAGAGGGCCACGCGGAUGAGCGUCCGAAGAGAAUACCCGACUUCGAAGCCCAAGACAUCGCAGCGCUAGGAUACGAGGAUUCCGAGGGCAAUGUGGACAGAGAUUCUAACUCUAACUCGGACAAUGACAGUUACCACAAAGAUGUGGAUUUUGGAAUUAGCAAGAAUCUGUCGGAGUUGUUGUUGACGGACAUGAAGAAUGUUGAUGAAGAAGCCUUGCGGGGAUCCUUGGAAAAGCUUUACCAAGGAGCGGUCGUUCGGGAUUCACAGUCGCUCAAGUCCACAGGUCGAGAUGAGUCCGCUUUGAGUCCUCUCGACUUCACCGACGACGACCGUAAACGCAAGGCCGAAAAGCUUGCUGAUGCUGCCAGCAGACGGGUUGAGCUGAAGGAUGAGGAGACAAAGACUCGCUCACAGAAUGACAAAGUUCUGACUGAGUUGAAGAAACGGCUUGGAAGAGAGCUGGAGAAUGAGAAGUUAGAGCUCUUGGAGGAGAAAUCAACAAAACUUCGGAAAAUUAAAAGUGAAAUGAAGCAGGAACAAGUUGAGGCUGAGCGUAAACUGCGGGCCGAACGGGAAGGGAGUAUUAGAGAGCUGGAGGAAAGGCUAAAAGAAGAGGCAGAAAGUCGGCUGUCGAAACUUAACGAUGGGACGAGUGACGAGAUCAAAACCUUGCGAGAAGAGUGUGAGAGAAAGGAACACGAGGAGAAAUCAAAACUGUGGGAUGAAAUGAAUCGAAACCUGGAGAAACUGCGAGAAGAAGUCCGUUCGCUGACGGCCGAAGAACAGAAUAAAUUACAGGACGAGAAGAGAAAAGCUCUUGACAGAAUAAACCAGCAGGUUUCUGAUGCUAUAUCUGGAGAGCGACGGAGACUGGAGGACGAACAGACAAGGCAGAUUGAGAAACUGAAGAGUGGCCACGCCCAGGAGUUAGAGGACACUGAGAACCGUCUGGAGAAGAAACACAGAAACAUGCUGGACGCGAUGAGGGCGGAGAUGGAGGAACGACACAAGAAGACAAUGGAGAGUUUGGACGUGGAGUUGAAACAGCUCCAGGAGGAAGAUCUGGAGAGACAGAAACACGAGCUAGACGCCGCUCGGAAGAGACAGAAAGCCAUUGAUGACCUGGAUAAAGGGCUUGAUGAGGUGCUCCAGGAACGAAGGACGGAGAUGAAGCAGAUUCACCAGAAAGAGAAGACCCGCCUGGCUAGAGAACACGAGAAUGAGCUUAAACGACUCCAGGAUGAGUACGCUCAAAAGAUUGAAAAGUUAAAGAAGUCGUUAGCGACAAACCUCGACACUGAGACGAAGAAAUUGAAAAGACAGUUUGAGCGAGAGAUAGAAGAAAUCAAGCGGCAGUUUUCCAGGAAGAAAGAAAGCCUGCAGGACCAACUUGAAGAUGAGGAGGAGGAGCUGAAGGAGAAAAGUGCUGCUUUGGACAGGAAACAGAAGGAGAUCGAGAAAGCCUUGAAAAAUCUUCAACUUCAGGAGAACAAGUUGGAAGAAAGGAAGAAAACAUUUGCUGAAGAUCGAGAAAAAUUUGAACAACAUCAAGAUGAGGUGUUUGGUACCACACAGAACCUGAGUGUGCUGGAGCUGGAGAGAAUGAGGGAGGAGAGGAAACAGCUGCAGAGUGAGAUUCGGAUGGAGAGAGACGAGCUGGAGAAUGUGAAGACAGACAAGAGGAAACUUGAGACGGACGUAUUACAGCUGAGAAUGACCAUCGACCAGAACACGCACAAACUCAAAGAGCUGAGGCAGAAACUGGAUAAGAAGAGUGAUGAAAUGGACAAACUGCACAAGAGAAUCACCGACGCUAUAGACGAGGAGGAAACAUCCCACGCUCAGAAUUACCAGAGUUCAAUGCGGCUAGGCAACACAACAGCGGGGAGGUUGUCGAUUGAGGAUCUGGGGAACUCAAACAGUGAUGAGGAAGAAAUUUUUAAACCUGUAAAAUCCAAGAAGAAAACCAAACGUACUCAUGUGCCUUCCAGUUUUGCCAGUAACAUGGAGGACCUGUUCUCGGAUGAUGAAUCUGUUGGGGCGGAGUUAAUAGCAGUUGGUAUCCGUAGUCGCCUCAAGAAGGAAAGUGGAUCCAUCGAGCUGGCCAAGGCAUUUCUCAGGAAACAGCGACAGUCGUUGAAGCGCAGACAGGCAGCUGUGGCCGCAGCGAGACAACAACUGGCCUUGGACUUCGCCAAGAUGAAGCAAGGAGGUGACGGCGGGGGCCACAUUCUGGAGGACGUGAGGAGCAGCCUGGAGACGGAGGCCCGCGAGGUGGACGAGAUGAUGUCACAUCUGCAGGUCGGCAGUCAGCUCAUCCACGAGAAAGAGCACAAACUCAACAUGCUGCACAAUCUCAACAGAGAGCCUCUGAGUGAUGAAGAAUUGGAGUUCUCUCCCUUUGAGCAUGCGUAUCCACCUGCCAGCUUGGCGCCGUUAGAUCUGACGGAUGAUGACGCCAGUAGCGGAGUGAGCAGCAACGAUUUCAAUCUGGAGCAGUUUAUUCAAGGCCUGUCGAGAGAGCCGAGUUCUCAGCAUGUGGGUAAACUGGCCUCAUCGCCACACACUGUCCGUCCACCGCUCGGCGACCAGAAAUCUCAACCUGAUAUAAAGACGAUCGCUGGGUCUCUGAAAAAAAUCAACUCUGAGCUGUCUCGCGUUCUCAGUGCUAUCGGCAGUCAGAGCACGCCCAGUCUGCCAGUACAGGCUCCGGUGUACACUCCACCAGACAUGCCAGCCAGUCACGUUCCGAUCUACGUGCCUCAUCCGCCGUCCGUUCAGUCUUCCAACUUGACCAGCUUGAACCCAUACAUCACCAACCCUCAGCACCAUGUUGAUUACUCUCGACUGGUGAGUUCAGCAGAGGUGUCGCUCGAGAGAAAGUGGAGAAAAUACUUCGGAGAUCGUCGGCCGCCCAUGAUGACCAGUGCCAGCAUUCUUCCAAGUUCUACUGCUGUCGGGCCGGGCCCUGUCAGAGACCAGCUGCGCCAGUUCAGAUUGAGUCUGCUGGAGUCAUCGUGUCGCGCCCCGUCGACGGUGGACCGACUGGCAGAACACAAGGACUGGCUGCGCCGCUUCCACCAGGCGGACGUGACGUUCGGGGCGUCGGUUGUGAAGGCCUCGGCCGGAUCAGACGCGGGAUCUGUCACCAGUAUUGGUGUCGGGUCUGAGCACAGAUUCAGCGAACCUCUGUCAUCCAGCUCCCCAGUCCGUCACACUGUGCCCCCUCGCUUCAACUUGGACGAAAACAAUGAAGUGAGGGUGACGCAGUACUGAGUCUGGGCCGUCUACAUGUGCGUCACACAGAGCCUUACAGACUGAGUCUGGGCCGUCUACAUGUGCGUCACACAGAGCCUUACAGACGUGCCUACCGUGUGGUGGUGAAGGAAUCUCAAAUGUCUCAUCUUCGUUGUAAUCAGCAAUUCUCACCAUGACAAACUGAAAUCUUUAAAUGGACUUUCUAGAGUUGACUGUUAUUGUAACUUGUUUUCAAAUAAUAGAGCUAUUCUAUCAACUGAAAUAACAUUGUAAAAUUAAGAAAUAUUCACAUUUUGCCUCAUUAUGUCACGGUCACUUACUAAAUAUAUAAAUUAAACAUCGAUUUCAUUUCUCAUCUGAUUUUCAUGAAUGUUGACAUACAGAAUAAGGAUUUGCAGCAUUUCUAAUGCCUUGUUUAUCGAGAGAGAUACUAAUAUUCUAAAAAAGAAAGAAAAUGCAUUUAAUAUAUCUAUAUCUAUUUGUUGGUAAAAAGUCUCUGUUAGAAACAUUUUACAAUGGAUUUAAACUCAGGAAUGUCUGUUUAACCCUGUGGCUCAUGAUGUUGUUGAUGCUGAGUUGAAAUGUCUGUUGACUUGUUAUUAACCCUGUGACUGGGGAUUUUGUUCGUGCUGGGUUCAUGUUAAACAUUCAUCCUGUGUGAGGAACACCGCUGAAGAGAAACAUUUGAAAGUGUCUCAGCUCAAGAUCGAGCUGCAAUAUUAUCUAAUCAUUUAUUAUUGUUAACCCCAACAGGUGACGUUUUUCUUUGUUCUUAUUAAAUUGUCAUUCAUUUGUUAGUUAUUGUUAGAUAACCUGUUAUUGGGGUAAAUCAAAAUGAACUACAAGUGUAUACAUACCUGUUGAAUCUAGAACAAACAAAGGUUUUGAUUUUGUAUUUUUAUUGUUGUUGACCUUUUUUAAAUGGAUGACUUUUAUAUAUAGAUUAAUGUAAUUUUGUAUGCAACAGGGUGGUAUUUAAAGUGCCUUUUAUAAACAUUUUCAACUGUGCUUUAAAGUGAUGAAUUCAGAACCACCAGAAUAAAAUAUGCAUAUUCUAUCAGCUUGGAGAUAUGAAGGGGAUUGUGAUAUGUACAGUUUAUAAUAUAACAUUUACGGUAUUAAAUCAUGAGACUUGAUCCGAUAACAGAAGACUUCUGUGGAAUACAGGAGAGAUGACAGGUCUCAAUAAAAAAAUUGUUUUAACACACUGAGUAGGAAGGAAUUUGAGUUUGACAAGCACCAAGUUUUUGGUGGAAUGGUAAAAGAAAUUUUCAGUCUUUUUUUUUUUUUUAAUGAAAGAAGCUUGUUUGGGGUUUUUUCUGAUGAUUCUGCAAAAUUGAUGGUGCUCUAUAUCUGAAAUUUAAAGUUUUCAAACAGAUUAUUUUGUACAUGCUGCUUUUUAAAAUUAUUUUCUUAAUUUAAUUUUACAGAAAUUAUAAAUAGAAAUGACAACUUGUAUAUAAUGUUAUAAAUAUUAUUAUUUUAAAUGGAUACAAGUCAUUUAUCAGAAAUGACUGCAGGUAUUUGGUGUGCUCAGCAUUUGGUUGAGACCAUCUCGUUUCCCAGGCAUCGUAUAGAUGGUAUAGAAAUGUUGGUAUGUUAUUGGUAUUAACAUGAAGACUCAUGGUUCACAUUAAACAUGUACGAGAUAGCCAGGAUUCAUUCACCCUUAUGUCUCAUAGUAUCAUGAUCCUUUGAAAAUCAUGAGAAAUAAGUAGCUGCUAUGUUAUUGUGUGUUCUCAUUUGCAAUAUGUUUAUUAUUUUUACAAGUAGUAUUUGGUAGUUGUUUUAGAGUACAAUCACUGAAAUAUUAAAAGUGUAACAUCGCGGCAAAGUCAGGUGAUUGGAAAAGGGACGUUACACUGGUCAGGUCAGGUCAGGUCAGGUCAGGUCAGGUCAUAGGGUUUUACGUGCACGUUCAGAGCAAGCAGUCGUAGCACACGCCUGUCCAGGACAGGAGACAUUACUGUUAAUUGAGGUAGUUAAUAUAAGCAGGAUCUGAAAUGAACAUAGCCCUUGCCUUCGUUAUCCUCCGGGACCAAUGAAAAUGUAGCAAUGACUACAACAGGACCGGAUACAUGUCCCACUAGCGAGUACAUGAGACAAUCAUUCAAAACUGUUAUAAUCUGGGUCAUUUAGUAUUAAACAUGCUAAUUCCAGACACUAAAACCAGCAAGAACUGACAAUUUCAAGCAAGUAUUUGAGAUAGUCAUUAGUUGUCCAACAAUAACCAGAUGUUGUGGUUAAGUCAUCAGAUCUAAGGCUGGUAGGUACUGGGUUCACAUCUUGGUACCAGCUCCGACCAGAGCGAGUUUUGUGCAGCUGUAAGGCCACUACGCCAACUUCUCUUUCACCAACCACCAACCAUCAACCACAAACCUUGCACAGGCAGUUAACUGAGGUAUGUGCCCAGAACAGAUCUUUGUUAUUUUAAUUCUUAAAGAAAUAAUAAUAAUAAUAAUUUCCUAAGUAGAUGGACAUGUGUAUCGGUAUAUGUACAAUAUUAAAACAAAGAUGAUGAUUUUAAGUAACUUUUGAAAAGGUUUUGUGCCAAUCACUUUAUUCAGAUGAAGUUUGUCUUGUCCUUUAACAUACAGGUAAACAUUAUGGCAAUGUCUUAGUUUAAUUACUGGUAGGAAUAAAAAGCAAAAUAUUAUCAAGUGUGUUUAGUUAAUUGAGGCCAUUUAAUAAGUAUGUAACACUGGAGGGUUGUUUGCAUUUAAAAUACAUUUAAUGUUAUGGAAUGGGGGGUGGGGGUUGGGGGGGGGGGGGGGAGUGGUAAUUGUUGCCUUAUGUUGUUAUAUAAUUGUUGAACGGCCCCUUCACAGAAAUGUGUAUUGAAGUAGUCUUUCUUUUUCUUUUUUAUCAUGUAUGUAUGUGUGUAUAUAUAUAUAUAUAUAUAUAUAUAUAUAUAUAUAUAUAUAUAUAUAUAUAUAUAUAUAUAUAUAUAUAUUCUCAACCCCUGCAAUUAAAAAUGUCUAAGGCAAAAACCAUGCCAUGGGAAAAUAUUGAAUAUAGUCCAGAGCAAAAAAGUGCCAUAGAGAAUUGCGCUCUCCCCAGCAUUGCCGAUUGCCAUGGGCAACUGCAGGGGCUGGUAUCUUACAAGUAUACAGUGUGGAAUAUACAACUUGGAAUCUAUUAUGAAUGGAUAUGUUAACUAUGUAGCAAUAUCUGUGAUAACGUAUAUUAUGUAUUCUGUUAUUUGGCGAUAUUAAUGACAUUAUUUGGGAAAUGUUGAUUUGCUGUACUAAAUAGAAUUUUUAUAAUUAUAGUUUUUCUGUCUUCCUCUUAGUGUAUCUGCUCUCCGUUUAUAGAUAUUUUCCGAUGUCGUUGUUAAUCCAGUAUCUUCCCUCGCUUGUCAGGGAAUUAUAGAUAAUGUUUACUGUGAACGUCGGGAUUUGUACAUACUGUUGUUGCUGGAUUUGUGAUGAAUGUAUUCCUUGUUUUAUUUAAGAACCUGAAUGACUUGAAGAAGAUUGGAUAAUUUUAUUAAUAUGAUUGUUAUUUCCUGAAUCUUAGUUUUUACAUUCUUUUAUUUCUCGUCCACACACUGAUCUAGUUUUGAAAACAAAAAGUAUAGUUUACCAAACAAAAUAUGCAGGCAAAUUAAAAAGGGAAAUAUUUUUAUUUAAAAAAGAAAUCCAUUUUCUUUGGAAAUAAGAAAGGGCCUGGAAUUGUAAGGAUAUUAUGUUUACCCUGGUGUGGUGUGAAACGUGUAUGUCUAUUGAGAGAGAGAGAGAGAGAGAGAGAGAGAGAGAGAGAGAGAGAGAGAGAGAGAGAGAGAGAGAGAGAGAGAGAGAGAGAGAGAGAGAGAGAGAGAGAGAGAGAGAGAGAGAGGGGAGAGAGAGAGAGGGGGGGGGGGGGGGGGCACAGAGACACACACACACACACAGAGAGAGAUGCACACACACAGUUAUUUUAUAAUUUAUACAGUCCUGGGCCUCCUCCUACGAAUCGAUCUUAGCGCUAAAAUCUUUGAAGUGCAUUUCGACCUUAUAUACUUAAGAUGAUCUUAGCGCUAAGAUCGCAUCGUAAAAAAUGGGGCCCUGAACGGUAGGCUUUAGGGUGCCUAAAAAAACAGAACAAUUUUUAUGGUGUUUACGUUUCUUGUGAAUAACAAUUAAGAGUUGAGUGAAUAAAUCAAUAAAUUUUAUAGCCACCUUAUAAAAACUUUUGUCAUAAAGUUAAUCUUUUAAUCAAAUUCAAAUCUCAAAGGGCUCAUUGAUUUUUUUACGCUGGUUCUGAAAAACCACCACUGAUGCACUUGAUACACUCAACGUCAUAACUGUGGUUCAUUGUGUCUUACAGUCAGUCCCCUAGAAGAUCUGAUGUAAUCAAAAGUCAAAGAUAACCUUUGUAAGUAGUAUUCGAAUGUGUAAUGUCAAAUCCGUCCAUAUUAUAAUAAAUGAUUAAACCUU